GUUCCACUUCAUCUCUCUCCAUCGAUCGUCAAAAACAAGCAGCUGGCUUUGGUGUUUAACUUGAUCGGAUAAAAAUGGGGAAGCCUCAGUCCGGGGACAAAAGCGGUAAUAACGGAGUAUUGAAGAAAGGUCCAUGGACUGCUGAAGAAGACCAGAAGCUCGUAGAUUAUAUUCAGAAGAAUGGCCAUGGAAAAUGGCGACUCCUCCCCAAGAAUGCAGGACUAAAGAGGUGUGGAAAGAGCUGCCGACUCCGGUGGACAAAUUACCUGAGACCUGAUAUCAAGAGAGGGAAGUUCUCACUUGAAGAAGAAGAGACCAUAACUCAUUUACACAGUGUCCUGGGAAACAAAUGGUCUGCAAUUGCUGCUCGUUUACCAGGAAGAACUGAUAAUGAAAUCAAGAACUACUGGAACACGCACAUCAAGAAGAAGCUACUCAGAAUGGGAAUCGACCCAGUCACUCACGCUCCUCGUCUUGAUCUUCUCGACCUCUCUUCCAUUCUUACCUCGUCUCUGCUUAACUCAACUCAGUUUCAUCCGAGUCUUCUCGGCAUCGCUUCUCUUGAUCCUGCCAUCCUAAGCUUAGCCACAACUUUCUUAUCAACUCAGCGGCUACAAGGUCUUCAAGAUCAAAACCACCUCUGCAACAACACUACCACCACCCACAUCCAAAACCACUACGGGUUUUUCUUCCAUGAAAACCAGCUUCAAACCCAGAAUAGUAUUCAACCAUGCACGGCAUCAAGUGACCAUGACUCCAGUACAACUCAGCUAUUUCUGGACGAAAAUCAAAUCAUUAAUAAUCAUCAUCAGCCCAGUCUGAACCAGUUUUCCACAAGACAAGUCACUGAUUUAACUUGCCAAAACUCGUUAUCAUGGCAAGGCAACAAUGGAGAAAUACCCUCUAAUUAUAUUCAUGAUCCUGUAACAAGCUAUGGAGGCAACAGCUACCAUGAAAAUUAUAACUCUAAGCUGCCCGGUAGCUGCGGAAACUUGAGCUUUGCUUCUCUCCUGUCAUCAACACCUUCUUCUAGCUCAACUCCUCUGCAUUCAUCUUGCACUGCGGCGUAUGUUAAUGGCGGCAGUGAGGACGAUAAGGAUAGCUACUGCAGCAACUUGUUGAUGUUCGAUAUUCCAAGUACUGGCUUAAAUGUCGACGGCUGUCUGUAACAAGUUAACUUAUCAUUGAGUCAAAAAGUCAAUCGCAGUUUUUAA